UGAACUGGAGUGGUGGACGGGUGGACCGAACCGAAGUGGAAAUUCGUUGUCUGUGGUGUUGACUGCGGCCUAAAAAGUGAACCUACCUAUUUUGAAUUCAAAUUUCACAAAAAGAUGUUGGUAGAUAAUUAUAAUUGUUUUUAAUUUAAAUACUUGUUGUAUUUUUAAAUUUAAACUCAAAAUUUACCAAGAUACAUAAUUGGUAUCUAAUGAUCUUACCCUAGAAUAACAGUUAGGUACAAUAUUUUAGUGUUGUGACAUUUGGUGUUUUUGAUAAACUUGAAGGUAAUAAUUAAUAAUAUUGCGCCGUGCGUUAAAUAACAAAACUAAUUUAUCAUUACAAAUGCAGUGUAUAAAGUCAACAGUACGACAAUGCACCAGGAAUAUUUCUGCUAUUCAAAACAGAACAGUUUAUGUAAAGCAGACACUAACUGUGUCUCUACGUCUUUAUUCUGAAAAAGUUAAGGUUGAUGAACUAACUGUAGAUUACCACCAAGUCAAAAAUGCAACAUUGAACGGGAAUGUUUUGAUUGUUGAUGUAAGAGAACCGGAGGAAGUUAAAGAACAUGGGAAAAUUCCUAAUAGCAUUAAUAUUCCAUUGGGCAAUGUAUCAACCGCUUUAGGCAUCAUGACAGAUAAGGAAUUCCAAUCACUAUACAAGAGGCCAAAACCUACAGAGGAGGGUGAAAUUAUAUUUUAUUGUAUGAUUGGGAAAAGGUCUGGAAUGGCACAGCAAAAUGCUAUAAAUUUAGGAUAUAAAAAUGUCAAGAACUAUCUUGGUAGUUGGACAGAUUGGGCAAGCAAGCUUCAUUAAUUACUGAAUUCCAAUAUUAAACUAUGGAAAAAAGGAGACUUCAUGGAAAUAUCUAACAAAAUGGGGAACUUGAUUUGGCAAAUGCUGCUUUUCAGCAGUGGAUCUUUGAAGGAUAAAUUAUGGAGAUUACUUACGAUUAGUACUUAGCUACAUUACCAAUUAUACUUUUGUUGUUAUAUUUUGUUGAAUAAUAAUACUUUAAUUUUUUUUU